AGUGACGAUAUCAUCGAUCUCCACAGGGCCAGGUGGACCACGUAGUGAACCCGGUGUGUUAGCCUGAAUGUAGCGGUGAUGAUUUUUUUCAUUUGUAGAUAACUUUAAACUGCGCAAAAUGACGGACUACGCGGAGGAACAGAGGAAUGAACUAGAAGCGAUAGAAUCCAUCUACCCAGAUUCAUUCACAGGUCAGAAUUUCAGUGAAAUACACGGGAAGUUACAGUUAGCGAGCUAACUGGCUAACAGGAGGGGACGUUAGUUAACUGGUUUGGUGUGUGGUUAUUCAGAAAUAACGAAAAGACUGAUUGUUAUUAUAAUCACCGUUCUUGUUGACACUAGUGCUACUUAUGUUUUAACUUUGCUGGAGCUGAAUAUCGGACAAGCAGCUGUCACAGUGUGCCUUUUAAAAUUUCUAAUGGACAGUCUUCACCAUACUACAUCCAGAAAUAGUGCCGUUCAUCCCACAUUUAAGAGACUUUGUAGCUGUCUCAGAAAAUGUGUUUAUAAUAAGACAUUUGAAUUUGAUUGGGGUUUACCUCUUGAUUGGGUACAUUUAUGAUAGAGAUAUACUAUUGGAUGCCUGCACUGUAAAGUUGACAUUAGAUAAACUGUAGUUGUAAUAUAAUAUAACUGUAAUGUGUCUCAGUGUUGAUGACAACUUUAAUAGCUUUAAACUUGGUUUCUUUACGAUGGGGAUGUAACAAUGACGGCUUUCUUCUGGCCUGCAGACGCUUGCUUGCACGGGGUGCAAUAAUAGUAAUACAAUAAUAUAUACUGAUCAAUAUGUCUCUGUGUGUCUUUAGUUAUCUCAGACAGUCCGACCAGCUUCACCAUCACUGUGACAUCAGAUGCAGGAGAAAAUGGAGAGAGUGAGUAUACAGAUGUACACUGUGCUUUCAAUACAUAAUACGUUAUACCCUUAAGUUAGGAUACUGUGUGAAAUGUUAAAUAAUGCAGAUUUUGAUCGGUCAUCUUAGGUUUUAGGUUAUUGAAAAUAGUGCUAAGAAAGAUCGUAGAUGUUGAGAAUGCAUUUUUUAACAUUUUCAUAGAAAUAUACUCUUUUGAAAUUUGGUGCCUGCAACAUUGUGAGGACCUCCUGAAACUUGAAAAAAGUCAAAGAUAAACUAUAAAGUCAGGAAUAGUUUAAAGACAAAGAGAGAAAGGUAGGCUUCACAAAAAGAGAGACCAGAACAAACCAUGUUCAUCAGUUGCUGAGGAGUAGCUGGUGUGUUACGCAUGCCAAAGGCUAUGACACAACACUGGAGGAAAUCAUCAGGUUUGAUAAAGGCAGAAACUUCCAACACCCAUUUGUCCCAGAAUCUGCCAGUUACCCUUCAAUAAGUCCAAUUAAGUAACAAAUCUGGAUCCCCUAACAUGACCUACACAGUCCUCCACUCGCAGAGAUAGUUGGGUCAUUCCAUGAAAUCGGUGCCUUUUCAGCUUAGAAAAUUUAAAAUUUAAACUAUAUUUAAUUGUUAAUUUUUUAGUACCCAGGAAUCAAAGAAUGUUUAAAAUGGCAGGAAAUGAUAUAGUGCCAUCUCAGGCUGUGUUAUUUCAUAUUUUAUAACCGUUUUCUCCGGGCUGUAUUCAUAAUCAACCCUGUUACCGACAUAAACUUAACAAAAUACAUAAUUUCUCAUUAGAAAUAUGCAAUAUAUGGUACAUAUAUUAGAAGUACUUCCAUUGAGAUUAUUUUAUUUUGUGGAUUUUUUUCUCCAAUUAGAUAUUUGUCAUUCAGAUGAUCAAAUAAACCCCAAAUGUUGCAUGGCGAUCACGUCUCAACAUACAUCAGAUAUUUUUUAGAAGAGAAAUGUAGAAAAAUGGCCCAAUCUAAAAUAUAAUGUAAUUUAAAUUAUAAUAGUAAGUGUUGAAAGCCCAUUUGAGUUGUCAUUUUUCACAUUUUUAUCAAAUUAAUGACAACAACAGGAUUGACGUCAUGGUUACAGGGCUGACAAGAGGGAAAGUAACUGGACACAAAGUAACUGGCUCUCCACCGGUGUACCAAUCAAUCAAUCAAUCAAUCAAAAAUAAUUAUUAGCUCAAUGAUGUUCACUUGAUGACCUAAAAUGUUUUGAUUUUAAAAGGUUAACCUUUCAAGAGAGUACAAUGAGGAUAAACAUUAUACUAUGUCAUCCCUGUUACUCACAUUUUAAAUCCUGUUACUGUGGAAAGGUAACAGGGUUGACAAUUUUAAGCUAAUCUGCCUGUGGCUAUCUUAAAUAAGUGCUAGCUAAAGUGCAAGCUAUGUACUUUGAAAGGUAAUUACUUGUAGAUAUUGUUUCUAUUUUGAGAAAUAGAGAAUUGUUUAGGUUUAUAUGUUAAAAAGUGGUCACAGGGUUGACGUUGUAUGCUUGUCCCCCCUGGUUAAACCUUGAAAAAAACAUAAAAAAUAGCACAUCAGAGAUAAGAGAAACUUAAUUGUUACUGAGCUGUUAGAAUCCUGGCUCAGAGACGAUGCAACUUCCUGUCAAUACAUGUCAAAUCUUGAAUUUACUAUUAUUCUUUUAGGGUUUUUUAGUUAGGGUAACAGGGUUGACAUGAAAUCAGGGCACGCCGAUAAAUUGGUAAAUAUUUAUAAUGACUAAUAUAUAUUAUUACCAAAAACACAGUUUAACAAUAAGAUCAUACUUAAACAAUAUGUAAAUGUGAAUAUUGUAACAUUUUGCCAACAUUUUACAAAUUUAAAGUCCUGUAUACGUACAGCAAUAGUAGUGAGGGACAGGCCUAAAACCUCACCCUCAUCAGCAUAAAAGUAAUUUAUAUUAUUUAAAAUGAUAUUUAAUUGACUUUAAUUUGAUGUUAUAUUAAGGAGAGAAGACAUGGUAAUGUUAUAUAUUUAAAUUACAUAUUAAUUCGUUGUUAUCAUAUUUUAUGAAUGAUUACUUCUUGGGGACGCAAAAGGCAUCAAUUUCAUGGAAUGACCCAGUUAACGAUCAAGUUUAUGUCCUCCCUCACCUUCCUGAGGCCCAUGCUAAAAUGAUCUUCACUGUGUGAGUUAACAGCAUGCAAACAUGAAGAGCUCCAAGCACUACAGGUGGGCUGAGUAAUGUCACGCUGAGCCAUGUACUCAACCUGCUGUUUAAGUCAGAAAUCACCUGAUAUGGAUGCUGUUUAAUGGGCUGUGAAUCAACAACAUCAAUGUCAUACAUCAACACAAGAGUCUGUCGAGAGUCAUCAGGAAACAUUGUUGUUGCCAAUCAAAUGUACCAAAUCUGAGCACUGAGAUUAAGACAGGUCAGACACUUCAGGUCAGAAAGGAGAGUUCUCAAGAUCUCAAAGUUUGACAACUUUGCCUGUGUCAAUGUUACAGACAAACUUGCUUUAUCCACCUCAGUACCAGACCCCUUACCUGCCACCAGACUCACAUAUGGUGCUACGACUUCAGCACUGGACAGCUCCACAGAAAUUACAGCUACCUCACCUCUCCGGGCUGGACCUCCACCUCCUUUUGCACCUACCCUCUUAUCAAAAUGAGACUUAAUUCUGUGAGGCACAAACGUUUUUCACCAACCUUGUCUUGGACUAUAUAAGCAAACUACUACCAGGAAGUGGCAGCAACAGUAACGCUCUAGAGUCUCCUUAGCUAUCUGUCAGGCAUGACGGAGUGUGUACCUGUGAUUUAUAAUCCAAAAGAUUUUUUUUUCAUCCCUUCUGAGAGCUACUUAUCCCCCCCAAACUCUUAAAGGACCGUUCAUGGAGUGAGCAAACACCAGCUUUGAUGGACUCAACUCCAGGAUCCCUAAAUUACCUCAUCCCAAUCCUUCUCAGACUCAGGGCAAUAUGUGUGCAGGUUUAGGAGCAACAUCUGCUGCUAUAUAACUCCCUUUAUAUUUCAGCAAGACAAUGACAAACCACAUUCUGCAGAGAUUACAACAACAUGGCUCUGUAGUAGAAGAGUCCUGCUGAUGAACUGGUCUGCCUGCAGUCCUGACUUGUCCCCUAUUAAAAAACAUUUGGAGCAUCAUGACACCAAAUAUAGGACAAGGAAGACCCUGAACUGUUUAGUAGCUGAAAUCCUCUAUCAGGCAAGAAUGGGACAACCUUUCACUUUUAGACCCCAGAAACUGGUCUGUUGGGUCACUAAGGUUUACAGAGGGUUGGUGAAAGAAGAACUGAGGACACAAGAUGAGAAACAUGAGCCCGAAACUACUUUUUGAAGUGUUUCCUAAAAUCAGAUUUAAAAUGAAGCGAGGUUUUUUUUAUGAAAAAAAAAAAAUCAGUUUUAACAAUUUAAAUGUUGUCUUUGUACUAUUUUAAAUUAGAUAUCAGCUUUUAGUGAUCUGAGUAGGCCUGUCACGAUAACAAAUUUUGCUGGACGAUAAUUGUGCUACAAAUUAUCGCCGAUAAACGAUAUUAUUGACACCAUUUUUAAAAUUAUAGAUAAUGAUAUUAUAUGGCAUAAUAAUGCGAGUACACCAUGUCAAAAGUGAUAAACUUUAAUUUCCACACGAGAACAACACUGGUUGUUUUCGUUGACUAAAAUAUUUCCCUUUUCUCCCACGACGAAGACGUAACGUUGACAAGCUAAACAUAAGUCGGAGAUGACUAAAAUGUGACGAGACGAAAGUGCGUUUACGUUGAUGGGACGAGACGAAAAUGACGAACAGAGUUGCAAAACUCAGUCAGUUAAACGCUAAACUUAUAGGAGCAGCUUCAGUCCGCUCCGACAGCUCUCAUCAGCCUGCUGUGCUCCUCCAACACACACACACGCACGCGCGCGCGCGCACACACACACACGUGGAGUUUUGUGGUUGACUAAAACGAAACUGGUUUAAAGCCGAAAUAUUCCCACACUUGGGCUGUUGCGUUCGGUUUAGACACCAAAGCUGUCGUGUUCAUUCUGUUAGCUUGCUUUUCACUCACGACGCUCACUUGCAGCACUGUAUCCAAAAAGUCUGUGUCUGUGUGCCUGUGCGCGCCUACGUGUACCUGUGCGCGCGCCCCCCCGUGACAAAGAUACUGAAUGACUGACAGGAGGGUUCACUAACUCCGUUCAUUCUGCUAUAGAGCCAACGCCCCCAGGUGCCGAGAAAAAUGCGCAGAGUGAGACCUCUUCUCUCAUCCAGCGUGUUUGGUAGCGAGAGCGGAGGAAAACAAACGCACGUCAAUUAUCGAGGCUGGCAAAGUUAUCGACCUCGUUUUUAUUUAUCGAGCGAUAAGGCGAUUUAUUGAUUAUCGCGACAGGCCUAGAUCUGAGUAUCAUAUAUUUGAUUUUUUACCACUUUAUUUAUUUCCCAACUUUUUGGUAAUUGGAGUUGUAUGAUUUAGCACACAUCUGACAAUCAUGAAAUCACACAACAGGAUUGUAUGAUUAAACCUUGUUGUAAGCCUUGGACAGACUCUAAUGGUAUGGUGGAUUGUGCUUUCCUCUUGCAGUCGUGGAAACAACAUUAAAGUUCACAUUUGUAGAGAAGUAUCCAGACGAGGCUCCGCUGUGGGAGAUUCAUUCUCAGGAGAACCUGGAGGACAGUGAUGUGGAGGACAUCCUCACUCUACUGCAGCAGCAGGUCUGUCCAUCUCAACUUACAUAUCUUCAUAAUUCAUAUCAGCCCAGGUCCUUAUGAACCUGUAAAUGAGACUGAGUUGACUGUGAUGUUGCACGGUAAAAGCGUCAACAAAAUGGGAAACUCGCAUAUUAAACUGACGUCUCCCUGGCAGUUAGUUGUCUAUCUGUUGCCACUGUGCAUAUGGCCAUGCCGCCAUGCAUGGAGACAGAGAGGAUUCGUACCCACAGUGCACUUGUUGUAGAAAAGUGAAUGUAUGAAUGCAAACUUUCAUCUGAUGUAGGGAUGACCUCUGUAUGAUGAUGAUUAAGAGUAAGUCACUCAAGUAAAAAGUGUGACAACCAACCGCUGUCUCCCCUCAGUGCACGCUUGUCAUGGGAAAAAGGUUGUGGACAAAUAUUUAUCGUCAGUUUUCUUUAACAACAUCAGCACAAGUCUGUUGCCAUAGUAACAUUGUGUAUUGCCUCUGCAGGCGGAGGAGAACCUGGGUAUGGUGAUGAUUUUCACACUGGUCACAGCUGUCCAGGAGAAACUCAAUGAAAUUGUUGACGCCAUGAAAAACAGACGUGAGGAGGAGAAACGACGAAAAGAGAGAGAGGCGGAGGAGGCAGAGAAGGUAGAUUUCUAUCUUUUUGUAAACCAGUGUCACAUUUGACAGCUCAGUCAUAAUUUUGCGCUGAAUGUGAGGGCCAGGAUAUGUGGAUGUUCAGGACAGGCAGCUGUUCCUUGAACCAGCUUCACUCCUCAUUCUGUCCUGUGUUUGUUAAUGUAUUAAAGAGUUAGGGAGUGAGAGCAUAUAAUAGGCUGAUAAUGAUAUUAACAUGACAUUAACAUACAAUAUGUGUGUGCUUGACAGGUAGCAUUUCAGGGUACUGUGGUCACCAUUGAGAACUUCUUGGCAUGGAAAGCAAAGUUUGAGCUGGAGGUGGACGAGCUGAAAAGGAAACGACAGAAAGAAGAGGAGCAGGCGGGAAAACACAAACUGACUGGUAAGCUCUGGUUCUAUCCAUGAAAGUUGCUGAGGAUACAAAAAUACAUAAAGAUCUGAAUUUGGAAUAUGUGUCUGUCACCAGGUAAACAGUUGUUUGAGACAGAUCACAAUCUGGACACAUCUGACAUCCAGUUCCUGGAGGAAGGUAUGAAGUCUUUUUGGGUGUAAUUCUGAGAGUUUUAGAGAACAGUUCUUGUUUUUGACCCUGACAGGCUCAGGUAGUUACUCUAAGGGUGCACUCACACUAAGCCCCGUUGCCUCAUAAAAUGCUGUGCUUUUUGGCCACAAGUACCCAGAAAUAUUAGCUCAGGGACUGCUUUGGAAGAGCAAAACGGUUCCUGUGGCCCACCGGGGCCUAAAGUCCAGUUACAUCCAGGACAGUCAUUUGUAAAUGAAGUUACUGGCACAGCUCUUUGUUUGAGUUUCUGGUAGCAGAUAAGUUUAAUGAAUUAUUGAAUAUGAUCAGGUUAUAUUAACGGCCUUUGGUGCCUCAGCUGGGCUUCCAAUGUAAACAAGAUAGUUUCCGGAUAAGACCAACCCUGAAACUGUUAAAAACACCCAAAAGCACCGCAGGGACGGAAGAGUCAGGAUUCAUGUAGUUUUAGUUUUAGUCACAGAUAACAUGAGGUAGUGUAGGAUAGAACUCAGGAUCUCAUCUAUCCUGUGUGUGUGUGUGUGUGUGUGCGUGCGUGCGUGCGUGCGUGUGUAUAUAGGAAGGUUGAAUUUAUUGUCCCCAUGAGGAAAUUCAUUUGCAUUAAGUUGAAAACUGAAAACAUGCACAAAGACAGCACACAUACACAGUUCCAUACGCUGUCCCAUAUAAAACAAAACAACUCAGAAAAGACAAUAUAAAAAUACUACUGUACUGUACUUUGUCAAUUCAAAAAGUAUUUCAAUAAUUAAUGUAUCUGUGCUCAGACCAGCUGAACCAGUAUCUGAAAGUAAAGAAUAAAGCUGCCCACAAUCUAUUUUAGUUUGUUCAACUGUAAAAUCACCUGUGGUACAAACGACCGCCUGGACCUGUUCUUGGUGAGGGCUGGGCACUGGUAUCUGCGGCCUGAGGACAGCAGCUCAAACAGCUGUGUGUGUGUGUGUGUGUGUGUGUGUGUGUGUGUGUGUGUGUGUGUGUGUGUGUGUGUGUGUGUGUGCAGCUGCCAGUGAUAGUGACACACUUUUUUUUUCAUCUGCAGGUGGAAACAACGUGGAAGUGGACGAGUCUCUGUUCCAAGAGAUCGAGGACUUGGACCUGGAUGAGGAUGACCCAGAUUUUGACCCUUUAGAGAUGGGCAGCGAUGAGGACUAAACCUGGAUCAGAACUGUAAGACUGACAGGACUGAACCGAGUUUGUAGAAUAAUCACAAUAAUUAAACAGCUGCUUUUAUUUUGAAAAGAAAGACUCUGACAGCAGCUGAAGAGAGGAUCAGAAGAAAAAAAACACAUAUAAACAGCCAUGAGUGUUGAGUAAUACAUCAACCAGAUACUGUCUAUGCUGGCUCUGCUGCUGUGUGACGGGCUAGAGUGUGACCAGCAGGAGGCAGUAUGGGGUCACCCAGAAGGUUCAGGAAGUACUCAGAAACACAUCAUCCCAAUAAAUACUCUUCUACAGAUGUCAGUUUUCUGUGUUCACACUUUGUGUAUGAAACUAAAGGGGUAUUCCAGCCAAAUGUAAAAACUAAAUUUAAUAAACCUUUUUAGAUACAAGUUUUGAUUUUUUUGAAAGAGCUCAUUUGAUCAUUUAAUAGAUGAAUAUUUAUACAAGGACAGGUAUACGUAAUCUUGGUGGGGUUGUGAACAUGUUUUCUAAUGAUGUGACUGACCUUCAGCUCUUGUGGAUGAGCUGCAGGAAACAGAUAGCAGGCAUACCAGAGUACAAAUAAUAAGAUGGUCUGUGGCUUCUACCCCAGAACACUUUUAUUUACUUCAUUUUGGUGAAUAUUUCAAUUCUGCUGGAGGAAAAACAACUAAAGUUAUUGAUAUCUGAUCACCAAAAGAUGCAUGCUGCUUCCUGAGCGAAGCUGGCCUCUUGUGAGUUCAUCAAAUAUCCUUUCACAUCAUAAUUUAAAGCUGAGUAAAUGUAGGUCAAAUCAAAGAAUAUUUGAUUCCACAUUCUCUCAAGUGGAGGGGUGUCUAAAAAGGUAAUUUCCCAUUUUUUACAUAGUGAAGGGCUGCAGUGAGCACAUGGACAUGUUUCAUCUUUUUGAAGAGCAGCUACCUAAAAAAUAUGUCAGGCAUUCGCAUACACCACUAUCAAAAUUCAGUCCAGCCCUCUGCUGAGAUGAGAAUCUGUUCUUUAUGGGUCAAAGUUAUCCAAAGUUCAAACAACACAAACAACUGAAGGUUUGAUCAAGAUUGAAAAAACUGGAAUACCCUGAUUCAACCCAACUAGCAAUGACUUAUUUUUUAUUUGAAGAUUUGAUGCAAUCUCAAAACUGCAAGGGGGAUGGGAGCCCCCUGCUGCCCUCAUGUCUGCUUCAGAGGUGGAGGCUCCUGAGGUUAAUCAAACAUUAUAAAAGGUCGUUUUGGUAGCUGCUCCCCUGAAAGAUGAGUGAUGACACGCACUCUGCACUCGAUGCCCUUCCAGUAAAAAAUAAAUAAAAACUCUGGAUGCUCUUUGAGUAUAAGAACGUAAAAAGAAAAAUAAAGUUCACCCUUGAACAGUC